CAAAGGGCGUGGGGCCCGAGGGCUUCUGGGAAAGUUCACCAGCACGGGGAGCAGGACAUGGCCUCGUUCCUGCCCUUCGGAGACGGAGACGAGUAUCGGCUUUUGAAAACACCGGCAGCCCUGUGGGUGACGAGCCCUCCCAGUUUGCCUGAGGUGCCCCCGUUUUCAGCAACAAAAGUCUGGCAGCCAGGGCCCCCUUCAGGCCCAGGCAAAGCGGGGGGCCCGGUCCCCCGAGCCCCACGCCAGCGCCUUUCAGUUCCAGAUGUGAAAUUAGUGAGAAGGAUCAGAGCUGAGCCACAUGCGUCAUCUUCCAGGUUGUUCAUCAUCGUCCUGUGCAGUAGAGUGGGCGAAGGAGUCCGCUCUUCUCUCCUGGAGGUGAAGGAGGUUCAGGGCGAUCACUUGGGACCUGGCUUCUCCUCACUCAGGAAUGUUAGAGUCAGGGACUCAUCCCGGCCCCACCCCCACCUGCCAAUGAAUGGACGGACAGCCAGCUGCUCACAUCACACAGAGGCCUCGGGCCGAGCCCCUGAGGGAAGAGGCUCCUGGAGUCAUCUCGCCCCAAACGCAGACCUGAACCCAAUCAAGUGCCUCGUCCCACCACCACUUGCAGGAACGACAGGGACAGAGGAACAGGGGGAAGGCACCUGGGGAUGCAGCCAGCCAGCGCCAGGCGCGGGAAACUGCUGAUAAAACAACUUGAUUUCUUCUGCAAAUAAAUUUAGAGAGAGAGAGAAAAAGUAAAUAAGUAACUAACUAAAUAGAUGAAGGGAAAUCCAUAAAGUAAAGGAGAUUUGGAGAUAAUACCAGCCAGCCACGAGAUAGAGAACUCACUUGGGAUCCUGAUAUAAACAAAUUGUAAAACUAACAAAAAAUUCCAAAUAAAUGAAGACCAUGUAUGAAAGGAGAGAUCUGACUAGAUCCCUAGGAAUCAACUGGCUGGGCACGGGUG